AAACCCCGAGCCGAAGCGGAGCGGAGCCCCGUAAAUCCCGAUCGGGUGCCCUUCUCUCCUUCCUGCGCGAGAGUGCGACGAGGUUAAAACAGCUGUUCUGCUGGAUGGUCGCGCUGACAGGGACGACGGUCAAGCGGAUGAGAGACCCAUCGGAGGCCCAGGCACUUAAAUGAUAUCGCGAAUAUUCCGUGGGGAAAUCGAGAAUGUCGCGGUCAAACGCAAACGGCAAAUCGACACUCUGAAAAUCUUCAACGACAAUGUGAUAGAGCUACGGGAAAAUGUGGACUAUCAGGUGGAAUUUCGUGCUGGCGAUCGACGAAUGGCUAUUAUGGUCUCCCUGUCGCCGAAUUUCCCGCUGGAGAAGCCGGUGCUCAGAGUCUCCCCGCCGAUAAGCCACCCCUGGUGCAACGAGCACAGCGAGAUCACCAGCGCGCCGGGAUUACUCAACUUUUCAGUACACAGCGACCUCGGCCGGGUCGUCCAGGCUAUUAUCAGGGAGUUCAGCAAGAACCCGCCGCAAUUGCUGGAGGACAUCUCGCCGGGCUCCACGAAGCCUCCUCACCCAGACCUGCAGGGGAGGAGCUCGCCGUCCUACUCGCUGCAGCAGUAUCCCGUCGAGAUUCCGGCGACGUCGUACAACUCCUAUUACAGCACGACGCAGUUCCCGCACCUGUCGUCCUCCGACGCCAACACGUGCAUUUACAACUACAACUACACGAACUCCGGUCACACGUACGUCUCGUCCUCGAAGUCGUUCGGCGUCACGUCGCACCACUCCGCGUACAUCCCGAGCUCGAGGAACAGCACGGCCCUCCAGAACUCGACGCCCGCCCGGUACACCUCGGAUCAGCACAGCGCGCCGUACUUGAACUCGCAUUACGCGAACGCGAAUUAUCAGCAGCCGCUGCCGAGCCAGUCGCAAACCAAUAGCAUAUUUCCCGAGUUGAAUAGCUUAACUAACGAGGAGUUGAAGAGGCUCAGCGAGGAUGACGACAGGCUGGACGACUUUCUGGAGAAACAUUCCCAAAUCAAAGACAUGAACGCGGCGAUCGAAAAUGCUAUGGAUUGGGUUGAAAAAACUGCCGAAGCUAACGCAGCCAAAGAACCCGAACUGAAGCAGCUGCAGGCCGAUGUAGCGGACAAGGUGAAGACGGUGGCGGCGUUGAAGGCCAGAUACGAUAAUCUCAUACAACGAUACAACAAAUUGUCCGAGGUCUUCACGCCGGAUCACAUAAAGGAGUGUCUGAGGCAGGCGGCGGACGAGAGUCAUGAGGAGAGCGAGAAGAUAGCGGAGGAUUUCCUCAACCGGAAGAUCGACGUCGAGCGCUUUCUCAGCACGUAUAUCGAAUGCCGAAAGUUGGGCCAAGCUAGGCGAACCAAGGAGGAAAAACUGGCGCAUCAGUUGAAUGAAUUGAAACGAGCUGGUUUCUGAAAGAUGAAUAGAAUAUAUAUAUAUAUAUAACCAUUUUUUUCUAUGACUCGAACAAAACUGUAAAUAAGACUUAGUUAAAUUAAACGUUAUUGUGAAUUUCAAUUUAUAGCAUUCGUGAUUACCAAAUAUCUAAUGCGGCUAGAAGAUUCGACUGAGGAUUUGGCUGAAACGUGUUACGUUUAAUUCGCUUAUUUAUGCUGCGUUCUAAACCUAUUUUGAACCGUGUAACAUUCCAGAAUUGAUGCAUAACACACAGACACACACACAUACACACACAAAGUGGCGCUAAACGAAUGAAGUUGUAAAAACCGAAAGUGCUUUAGGAUUAAUUUUGAGGGAAUACAGUUGCACACAGUAUUCCGGACGUUUUAAUGAGAUAAAGCAAUAUAGUGAAUUGAGUCCGCGUUGUGAAAUUCGUGUAGCAAGUUUAAUUCGUUGAGUACUUAUUCCAUAGUGAAAAGUAACAUGGCUUUAACUAUGUUAGUUUUGCACGAGCAACAUGUACUGUCGCGAUUCAUUCUGAAACAAAGAUACGUUUUCUACUCUGUAAAUAAAUGUGCAGGGAAAUGUAAUUAAAAUCGAUUUUUGAAAAUUU